UUGUUCAUGCCAUCACGAGCUCGUCAUCAUGCUUGUCAGCCAGCGCGCAUGGGUCAUGCACAUGCUCGUAGUGGGCGGACACUUGAGCUCUGCUCAGUUUCCUUGCUACCGCCGUGGGUCAUAGUGGCGAACGGAUGGGCGCCUGCAGCCCCUGCAGCACGUUACGUGCCCGCGUCUUGCUACAACAGCACGACGUCUGAGCCGAAGGUGGAGCCGCGGUAGCCAGAGGCGCUGCGGCUGCCGCGUAUGGCUGGGAGGGAGCUACGCAGAGUGUUCGUGAGCGUGCUCGCCCUAAGCGCCAGUCGCCCGCCCAAAUCCACGCCGUCGCCGCUGCCUCUUCCUCUGUGCGCGUGUGUCCUGCUCCCAGUCUACCAACCGACCUGGCCGCACCCGAGAGCGGUCCUGGGGGAGGCGUGCCGAAUGCGUGAGGUGACGGCA